AUGAGCAGUUUGCAGGGUGUCACUAAAUGCUCACGAGGAAGCAGAGGAUCAAACGAUAGCGGCGUUUAUGGUAGUGAAUCUCAACCGCAAAUGAAUUAUCCUGGUCAUCAAGGUGGUGGGUACGCAAAUCAACUAGGCGGAUAUCCAGGCCAGCUGGGCGGAUAUUCAAGCCAGCAGAGCGGUUAUCCGGGCCAGUCCGUUGGAUAUCCACCUCAGCCGGGCAUGUAUCCCAGUCAACCAAGUGGCUAUCCAGGUCAACCCAGCGGAUAUCCAGGACAAUUCAGUGGGUAUUCAGGGCACGGAACUCCUCCGCCAAUUGGCUUCAAAGCGUCGGAUACAUAUUUGAACUCGGAUACCCAGCCUUCAACUGGUUUCAGUGUCCUCAGUACCACUGACCAUAUCGCAGCGUACUCCGACACUGUACGACCGGGUCAUCCCUAUAGUACACUUACCAGUUCUACGGUGUAUCCAUAUUCAAAUCAUCCGUGUCAUACAUCCGGUCCUGCCUACUCAAACCAUCCAUCCAGUCCGAGCUAUCCAUCCACAUGGCCGGCCCCUCGUAAUCCAUCUGGCCAUGCCUCACAGGUCCUAAACUCGAAUUAUGCAAAUUUUGGUGCGGGAUAUGGAUGGGAUCCAUCCGCACCACCAGCAACUGGUAACAGAUAUGGACGUUACCGCACGUUGCAACAGCAGUUCGAUAGCGCACAUUUAGGUAGGUAA